CCUCCUGCCUUCCACACAGAGUUCUUUAUACAUACUUUUCCCUCUGUCUGAAACCCUUUUCUCCCCUUUGUCUAGGUAGCUACUAAGCCAGUGUCCUGUUCUCAGACAGGCCUCCCUGGACCGCAAAGUCCAGGCCAGAAGCUCCUGCAAAUGUUCUCAAACACCUUGCUCCUCUCUGAAGAGCUCAUAUCCCAGGUCGUAUUCAAGCACACAUUGUGUGAUUGUUUGAUGGGUGCUCUCACUCUGCCCUCCUCUCUUCACAGUUUUUAGUGUCAGGAGUUCCUCUCUUUGUCUGCAGUGCCUGGCACAGUGCCUGGCACAUAGCAGGUGCUCAAAAUUUGUUGGAACAAUUAAUGGACGAACUCUGCUUCCCAGUCUCCCUUGAGCCAGCCAGCCAUCCGUGAGCGCCUCCAACCCAGACUGGGGCGCGCCCCUAGACUUUGGCACCUCAUCCAGGUUGGCAGGAGGCUGUGCUCUUUGGUUUGCCUAUCUCGGGUCUGCCGCCCAGCCUCGUGGACCUCGGCACCCACGCCCCGGGCGUGUCGCGCCUUCACGCUGAACCUCUUUGCAUCCGCGCGUCAGUCCCGUCUGCUACUCCAACAAGAAUCGAGUUUCGACCACGAGGCCUCCUCGCACCUCCGGACGUUGGGAACUACAGCCUCGGACCUCAAACCCACACGGGCUUACAUCUAGACCUCCAGAGCCAGAGGGAUAAAGCGCUCCAGGGAAGAAUUAGGAUAGAAGAAAUCAAAGCCACCAAGGAAUAUGACCUGUGAUGAAAAGUGGUGAAAUCUGUGACAUGGUCAGAAAAAAAAAAAAAAAGCUCAGACCGAUGGGUAGGGUGUCCUCAUGACUUCUCUUGCGGACCAUGUCCAUGAUCCUCUUUGCCUGUGUGGUAAGGGUGAGGGAUGGACUGCCCCUCUCGGCCUCCACUGACUUUUACCACACCCAGGAGUUUCUGGAAAUCAGGAGACGGCUCAAGACUUUAGCCUUGCGACUGGCCCAGUAUCCAGGUCGAGGUUCUGCACAAGGACGGGACUUCAAUAUACACUUUUCUUCGUUGGGGGAUGUGGCCUGCAUGGCUAUCUGCUCCCACCAGUGUCCAGCAGCCAUGGCUUUCUGCUUCCUGGAGACCCUGUGGUGGGAAUUCACAGCUUCCUACAACACCACCUGCAUUGGCCUAGCCUCUAGGCCGUAUGCCUUUCUGGAAUUUGACAGCGUCAUUCAGAAAGUGAAGUGGCAUUUUAACUAUAUGAGUUUCACUCAGUUGGGGAGCAGCUUAGAAAAAAUUCAGGAGGAGCUGGAGUCACAGCCCCCGGCGGUUCUCACUCUGGGGGACACAGACGCUGCAAAUGGGGUGAUGAACGGGCGCACGCAGAUGCACCUGGAGCCUGCUCCUAAUUUCCGGAUGGAACCAGUGACGGCCCUGGGCAUCCUCUCGCUUGUUCUCAACAUCAUGUGCGCUGCUCUGAAUCUCGUCCGUGGGAUUCACCUUGCAGAGCAUUCUUUACAGAUCGCCCACGAGGAAAUCGGAAAUAUUCUGGCUUUUCUUAUUCCUUUCGUAGCCUGCAUUUUCCAGUGUUACUUGUACCUGUUCUACUGUCCAGCCAGGACGGCGAAGGUGGUGCUGAUGCUGCUCUCUAUUUGCCUGGGCAAUGUGUACCUGCUUGGGCUGCGGAACCUCUGGCAGAUCCUUUUCCACAUCGGAGUGGCCUUUCUGUCCUCACACCAGAUACUGACGAGGCAGCUUCAGGAGAAGCCCUCUGACUGUGGAGUAUGAGGAGCGGACCCUUCGAUUUUCACAAGAGGGUCAUCCGUGUUUCUCUUUUGGCUUCUCGACUCCAACUCACGUUUCCAUCCUUAAAGUUCAUUUCGACCCAGGUGGACUGAUAGCAAGACUUGGGGGCUUCUAACAGGUGCAGCUGGGGGCAUGAGAUCCCUCAAUACCCAGGCCCGGUGUCAUGCUGAGCAUUGCUGCCGGCUCUCCAGUUCGGCACGUUUACCAAGGACAGCAGGCGCUGGGGGCUCGAUUCAGAACGGGCGUUAUUGGAAGAUCAGAACGGAAUUAUUUUGGCCUUUUAAACUGAAUGAUGCAAUAAACCACUAGAUUCGGUAAUACCAGUUUUAGUAA